AUGGAGCGGCUCCUCUCGCCACGCGCCCUUCUCCUUGUGGCCCUGCUGCUUCCAGGGCUGUCCAGGGCCAGGUAUGUCAACCACGAAGACACCGAGGGUACCCGAGCACCCCGGGAGGAGUCCCACGGACAAGGCCCAGGCGGCUCUCACGCUCUGCGCCAUGAGGAGAAGCGCCGCCUUUUGCCACGCACUGUCCCGUACCUUGAAAAGGAAGCAGAUAUAAAAGUUGUCAACUGCAAGAGAAGCGAAGGCAAAUGUCAAGAGUAUUGUAACUAUAUGGAGAUACAAGUGGGCCACUGCCCUACAGCAGUGAAGGUCUGCUGUGUGCCUCAGUACUGAGGCUGCUGACACGGGCGCCAAAGCCUGGUCUCCGCUUGUCCCCCUGGGCCUCGGCGCCGACCCAGGGACAGGUCGUUUGGAGAAGGCCCUGGGCAGAGAAGAGCUGAGUGUUGUCACCUGUGCCAGGAAUUCUAAACAUUUUAUUGUAGAAAAAAAUAUAAAAGUGAGUUACACAUAGUCCUAUAGACAUGAUCUUAGAGAAAGUGUCUUGAUUUGAGAUGUACAAAAUCUUCAAAAUCACACAAUUCUUGCUGGUGAUGUGGAUGUAAUAAACUUUCAGAGGCAAGCA